ACACACACACACACACACCAAAAUAAAAACAAAAACAAAUAGUAUAUAAAAAAGAAAGAGAGAAAAAGCAAAGCUCUCUUCAUUUUUCUUUCUCUUCACGCACAUCAAAGCCACAAAAACCGAAACGCAUGCAUUUCUAAUUUUCUAUCUUCUUUUUAACUUCCUCCUCUCCAUUUUCUCAUCUUCGUCAUCAUCUCUAAUCCUCUCCCUUCUUCAAUGGCCGUUGAUGCUCAUAAUCUCUUCCUCUCUCCUCCUCAACUCUUCUCCAACAGGGAAUUAAUGAUGAACAGCAAUAACACCACUACGGAACCACCAACCAGUGGCGCUUUCUGCAACACCCAUCAAACCGCUUACGGCGUCGUUUUACCUUUCCCCGUUACCGACGAUACAACAACCCCUCUUCUUCAUAUGUACGGCGGCGGCGGUGGCGCUGAUACUACUAUUCCGACCACCGCUGGUUACUACGCCGCCGAUGGCACUACUAGUGCUAACCUCGACUGUGAUUUCUUCCCUUUCCCGACGAGAAAACGCCCGAGAGAGUCUCCCACGAGAUGGAAUGAUUACCAUCAUCUUCUUCUUCAGAACCAUAGGUCAUCAUCAUCAUGCGUUAACAACGCAACUAGUACGAGUACAACAACAACAACAACAACUCCGUUUUCGUUUCUUGGGCAAGACAUUGAUAUCUCUUCUCACAUCAAUCACCAACAACACGAAAUCGAUAGAUUCGUCUCCCAUCAUAUGGAGAGAGUGAAGUAUGAGAUAGAAGAGAAGAGGAAGAGGCAAGGGAGGAUGAUCAUGGAGGCUAUAGAGCAGGGGCUGGCCAAAAGGCUUCGGGUCAAAGAAGAAGAAAGAGAGAGGAUCGGCAAGAUCAACCACGCUCUCGAGGAGCGCGUGAAGUCACUCUCGAUCGAGAACCAAAUCUGGAGAGACCUUGCGCAGACGAACGAAGCCACGGCCAACCACCUCCGCAACAACCUCGAGCAGGUGCUGGCGCAGGUCAAGGACACACGCGGAGAGAAGGAGGAGGAUGCGCAGUCGUGCUGCGGGAGUAGCUCAGGGGAAGAGACGACGGAGAAGGGGAGGAGCAAGUGUAGGAACUGCGGGGAGGAGGAGUCGUGCGUGUUGGUGUUACCGUGCAGACACUUGUGCUUGUGUGGAGUAUGCGGCUCCAGCGUCCACACGUGUCCCAUCUGUAGGUCUCCUAAAAACGCUAGCGUUCAUGUUAACUUGUCAGCUUGACUUCUCCUUCUUCUUCUUCUUCUUUUUGUUAGUGCAAGUUUUUACUUUUUAGUUUAUUCAUUUCAUUUUUUUUUCUUUUCUAUAAAAACAAAAACAAAUUGUAAGGAUAUGAUAUUGAAUUAGUUUUUAUGUUAAGCUAAGAAAUCAUAGUUAUGAAAAGGAAACCUUCAAUGCAAAGAAAAUAGAAUAGAGAUCUGUAUAUCUUAUGAUU